AUGGCCGGCGUGGCGCGCACCCUGACGAGACUUGUCCUUGUGGGCGGAUUGUCGCUGGGCCUCGGCGGAUGUGUCAGCCUGGGCGGAAGUCCGGCUCUUCCCUUGACGCCCGGCUCGGGCGGCGGCGGUGCGGCAGUUCCGGCUGCCAGCCUCCUCGAACCGCUGGCCGGUGGCCUUGUCGGUCGUAUCGAGGCUCCGCGCCUGUCCCGCGCCGACCGCAUCGCCGCGCUUCAAAGCGAAUAUCGCGCGCUUGAAUACACCGCGCCCGGCGAUCUGGUGACCUGGCAGGGGCGCUCCGGCGGCCUUGCGGGGCAGGUUGUCGCCUCCCAGCCCUACCGCGUCGGCUCGCAGGAUUGCCGGCAAUACACCCAUACCGUCACGACCGGAGCGGUGACCCCCUCGGUCGUCCGCGGCACCGCCUGUCGCAACCCCGACGGCAGCUGGACCCUUCUUUCCUGA